CGGGGCGGCAGGAUGGCGGCAGCGGCGGCGGGUGCCGGGGGUCCCGGCGCUGCAGGCCCGAGCGGCGGCGGCGGGGCGCGCGAAGGCGCGCGCGUAGCGGCGCUGUGCCUGCUGUGGUACGCGCUAAGUGCGGGCGGCAACGUGGUCAACAAGGUGAUCCUGAGCGGCUUCCCGUUCCCGGUGACUGUGUCGCUGUGCCACAUCCUGGCUCUGUGCGCGGGGCUGCCGCCGCUGCUGCGUGCCUGGCGCGUGCCCCCCGCGCCACCCGUGUCGCCGUCCAUACCCGGCCCGCACACGCCUCCCGGCCCGCUGCUGCCGCCGCGCUUCUACCCGCGCUACGUGUUGCCACUUGCCUUCGGCAAGUACUUCGCGUCCGUGUCGGCUCACGUCAGCAUCUGGAAGGUGCCCGUGUCUUACGCGCACACCGUCAAAGCCACCAUGCCUAUCUGGGUGGUCCUCUUAUCCCGAAUCAUUAUGAAGGAGAAGCAGAGCACCAAGGUGUACCUGUCCCUCAUCCCCAUCAUUAGUGGUGUCCUGCUGGCCACUGUCACCGAACUGUCUUUUGACAUGUGGGGACUCCUCAGCGCCCUGGCGGCCACCCUGUGCUUCUCGCUGCAGAAUAUCUUCUCCAAAAAGGUAUUGAGAGAUUCCCGGAUCCACCACCUCCGGCUGCUAAACAUCCUGGGCUGCCACGCCAUCUUCUUCAUGAUUCCCACAUGGGUGCUGGUGGACCUCUCGGCGUUCCUCGUCAGCAGUGACCUGACCUACAUCUCCCAGUGGCCCUGGACACUCCUGCUCCUGGCCAUCAGCGGCUUCUGCAACUUUGCCCAGAAUGUUAUUGCCUUCAGCAUCCUCAACCUCAUCAGUCCCCUGAGCUACUCGGUUGCCAACGCCACCAAGAGGAUCAUGGUCAUCACCGUGUCACUCAUCAUGCUACGCAACCCCGUCACCAGCACCAACGUCCUGGGCAUGAUGACAGCCAUCCUGGGGGUCUUCCUCUACAAUAAGACCAAGUAUGAUGCCAACCAGCAAUCCAGGAAGCACCUCCUCCCCAGCACGCUGGGGGACCUGAGCAGCAAGGAGCAUCCCCAGGGUGGGCUGGAGAAACCCCAGAAUGGUCUCUUCUCCUCUCAGCACAUAGACCAUCACUACAGCCGCAAUAGCAUCUUAACAGAUCACUUUCAGUACAGCCGGCAGAGCUACCCCAACACGUACAGUUUGAACCGUUAUGACGUGUAGAGUGGGGUGCACUGGACUCCUUCCCCCGCUCCCAGCGGCACCGGAAACUUCUGACCACCAGUGAAUGUAAAGCUGAAGAGACAAUACAGAAC